AUGAAAGCGCUGAGGCAGUGUUUCAGUCGCUUGGCACUAUGCUGUCGUAGACGUAAAUCGAAAGCGAAAGACACGCCGAAGAAGGAAGACGAAGAUCAGGAGUCAAGCAAAGACAGAGAAACGGGAUCCAUUCAACCAAAACGACAGUCUCUUCCCGCUGCAUCCUACGAUACAGUCGGCGAAUUGACUCGAUCUACAUCUAUUACAAAGACACCAAUAACGUUGUCGAAAGUGUUACUGAGGCGAACCGUUCAUCGACUCGAAUCACAGGUAAACGAUUAUUCGGCUACUGACUUAGUCAGGCUACUGCGAUAACUACACAGAAUCAUAGAGUUCAAAGCGUAUGAAACAUACGGAAUGAAGAAUUUUGCCACCGUAAAGAAAUUAUCGUCAUCUCUUUCCCGACGAUUGAUUUCCUCUUGACAAAAAAGUACAUACAUCCCUGUGAAAUAAGCAUAUCUUCCAUUCGACAGCAUUUCCCAUGCACUAAAAAUCGCAUAAAAAUUGGUAAUUAAUCGUGCGCUUAAUCCCGAAUAAUUGCCGAUUUUUUGGUGAUUUUCAGAUGAUGUCAGCGAUUAAUCACCAUUAAUUAACGAUUUUUUUCUAGGUACUAGGUUCUAACCCAUCUUAGGAAAUACAUAUUUUUUUCUGUUUUUUCAUUCUUUAUUAUGUAUAAUAACACAUACUUCACCUAGCAACGGUCUUAACAUCAGCUGAACUUGGAGCCUUUCCGACGGGUUGAUUUUAAACAUUAUCCAGAUACCAGCUUUUCACUGGGCUCCUCGGCUUAAAAGUCUAAGGGAUCAUAUACAAGACUCUUGACAACUCUGUUUUACCCUAAAAUAAAAAGAUGAUCUCAAUAGAACUGUGUUUCCCGUUGAUAUAGUGUUUCUUAUAUACAUACCUUACUGCAAAAUAAAACAGUGAAUAACAAUAAUCAUUUUAAUCGCUUAAAAUCAACAAUUAAUCGCAAUUAAUUGACGAUUUUGAAAAAAAGUAAAAUCAUCGAAAUCCCCAAUUAAUCUGAAUUAAUUUGCGACUUUUCAAGAAUCGCGAUUAAUUGUUAAAAAUGCCGCGAUUUCGUCCACCUGGGUUUUCAUAAAAAGUAUUUUUAGGCACGAUUAAGCCAAGAUUUCGGUUACAAUUCUGAGGAGGUAUACUUGUUAAGUUCAUAUUUGUUUUUG